AUGCUAGCUGAAACUGCUGGGACAGAAGCAAUACAACAGCUAUUGAAUUCUAACGAACUGUCUGAUGCCUCUGAAUUGCGUGUGGUUUUAUCUCAUGUUUACGCGAAGUGCCCUACUGUCGGAAUCUCUUCAAAUGUUAUUCCAGAGGUAAUUAAAUUUCUCUGUACUUCGGAGUUCAUUGCACCAUCAACAAGAGUGUAUUUGAUUGAACAUUGCCUUUUGCCUCGGGGCUAUUUGCCAACCUCUGUGGUUUUUACAGUGAUCCGAUAUCUUGGUGUUCAGACCUCUCAGAACCAGUUUAAAACUGUGGUUCCUCCGGCUAUUCAGGUAGCCCUCUGUAAAUGGCUUUGCCAUGUUUGGCUACUUAUACCGAGUGGUAAAAUCGUAUUUUCAAGGACAUAUACCUUAUGGUUUCAGCUUUGGAUGAUAGAUUACCUACAAGAUUGGAUUACUUAUUUAUUAGCAUGGGCUACAACAUCACCUUUGCAAGUAACGGAAUACAGAACCCAUGCCCUCUUGAAAAUAGGAGAAAACCCAGGCUAUCUUAAUGGUAGAGCCCUUUCUGCGUUUUUGCUCUGCCGUUACCGGCAGUUGAAGCCCAUUGAGCCGGUAAUAACCGCCAUUGAUAGAUUAAAAUGUAAUGCUAAACGUCUCUCUACAGUAGAAAGGAUAGCAUUUGAUGAUGAAUUUAUUGAGAACCUAGGCAAAAUAUUAUCCAAUGAAGGCGUUAUCAGUGAAGAACUUUUCCGUGGACUUUUGAAGAGUCUACUAGAUGAUUUAAAGAUCAUAGGAGUUAAAGAGACUAAGGUUGGUAAGAAGUUCCAACGAUCUUUGGAUAAUAAGAUGUUUACGUUGGAACACUUUUCCGCCCAUAUUGAGAAGAUACCAAUUCCAGUAAACUAUUUGUCCACUUUAAAUGGAAAUGGUUAUGAACGAUUGCUAUUGGCUUUGAUGCCCUCUGAGGCUAAAGACUCCUUCCAAGUAUGGGUGCGAAAUACUCUGAAACAAAAACCUAACAUUACACAAUUAAAUGAAAUCACGAGGCUGGUAAGAGCUGUAGGUAAACUGGAGUUGAAGUUGGAGGAACUCAUACCCAUCAAUGAGCCUACAGCCAUUGACGCCCUAAUGUCCUUACAUCUGUUAUGCUUUAUAUCACAUAUCGAUGACUCAACCGAAAUGUUAAAUGCUGUUUUAAAAUUCCAAAAAAUGAUUUAUUCUGGUUGGAACCCUUGCAUGUUUAAUUUUAAUGUCGGCAUAUGUUUGUUGUUAUCGUGUAAUAUUAAAUCUACUAGACAACCGCUGCUUCUUGCUCAGAUAUUUUCAACGUUUCUUAGGACGUAUUCUAGCGCAGCAAUUCUAAACAGACAUGUUCCUAUUGAUGUCAGCUGCAUAAUUCAUCCGUUGCUUGCGGCCUUGGAAAGUAUCCCCCCAGAUACAAUCCCCUCGGAUGCUCUGCCAUUGGUGUUUGUUGUUCCUGAUAUAAUUAACCAUCUCAUGGUAAUGAAUGAUGCUCUAUUGAUUUCAAUUGUGUGUCAGAACUUAGUUGUUGCAAAAGAUAGAGUCAAGGGACUGUUAACGAAUAAUAAGCAUGUAAAAAAUUUGAAUAGGUGUAUCCUAGAUAUGGCUAACUAUCUAUGGAGGAAUAAGUUGUUCACUGACCCGACAACUUGGGGAUUCACUAAAACGUUUUGGGAAACCGUAGCCCAAAAUAUUUAUUUACCAGAUCCAAAUAUUAAACCAAAGCAAAUGUUCACCAUUCCAAAUUUCUAUCCAUUUAGAUACAUAAGUGAAAAGAUUUUAAAGGAUUUAGAGAGGUCAGAAAAUUGUCAAGAAGUUUAUGACAGACCAUUAACAGAUUCUGGUUUUAAAAGCUGGAAAAGAUAUAUGAGUACAUGCAAGGGGACAUGGCUACAGGAAGUUAAUAAUUAUGAUAUAUUUAGGAAACAAAUAUUAAAGGGUAUUCAAAAGGAUGGGACAUACGCUGGGGUGCAAUUGUUCCUUCAAACAUAUUUGAAAAGUUUUGUAAAUGAAAAUACUGACACUUAA